UUUGCUUGAAUAAAUAUCAAUCGGUGUAUUUUAGCCAUGCAUCGUUAAAAAAAAUAUUGGUGCAUGAACUCUGGGUAUAAAAAGGGUAAAACGAUGGAGGUUUUGCGUACGAAGGAAUUGUUAUUACUUUGGUCCAGAAUGCAAAGCACCCGCCUUGCUCUCGUGGGUGGGAAUCACACCACCGCCCGAUUUUGCACCCGCUAAGUUUACACAACUUCGUCUCCUUCUCUUUCUCGCCUACUGUUUCUUUCUUGUUUUCCCUUUCAAGUUUCAUCUGCUAGUCCCAAGAUUUUUUCCUGUUUUGUUUCUCGUACUACAACUGAUUGGAUUCUUGUUGCUGAUCUAUAAGCCCUUUUCUGUUUGUGUUUUUUAAAAUCAAGAGUUUCCAUCGAUGGAAACCAAAUGCCAUAAUAACAAGCGUAAAGUUUGGCAAAAUGACAUUAAUUUGCAUUCUGGUACACGUUUGACGGUCAAGGUUCUUCGUUCCAGAGUUUUUAAGCUCCUUGGUCGGUUCUUGAUGGUUUUUGCUUUAACCAUUGUGUUACUUAAAUUCAUUGUGAACAACGAAACUGGUCUAAACCCUAAAAUUGUCUCCGAUGAUACUGUUGUCGUCGCUGAUCCGGUUAAUCUGGAGUUUCUGCCAGUUUUAUUCAAUGAUUUGAACAAUGAAGGUAUUCUGAAACCGGGGGACAAAGGACUAUUGUUGAGUGAUGAAUAUGAUGAAGAAAAAAAAACCAUUCAGGGUUCUUUGUUGUCGACGAAAAUCGAUAUGGAAUUCAGUGUUGCAAAUGAUUUCAAAGAAAAAAGCUUUAUCCCCAAUGAGUACUUUGAUUUCAUCUUCACCAAAAGCUUUCAAUCCGCACACGAAUUCGUCGACCGCAUCCUCAAAGUCGGUGGCAUCGUUGCUAUUCAAGAGUUGGGUGAAUGGUCUUCACAUUCAUUUAAUAAUCCGUCUGAUUAUAAGAUGGUUUACUACAGGAAAUUCCAUUCGAUAAAUGUUUUUAUAAUGAAAAAGCUCAAAAAUGUUCGAACAACCACGACCACCACCAAAAGGCGGCUCUUGGGGUAUAACACAUCGGAAGCAAAGAAAGCGGUAUUGAAGAAACUAGAAGAUGUUCUUCUCGAACCACCGAGAGCAUUCUCGGGGACAUCGAAAACCUACCGCAAACGAACCAAAUAUUUACCGGACUUAUUGGGGGACACGCUCGAAAGCUACCCUCGUCGGGUUUUCAUCGACGUGGACUCAUCGGAGAAAGACGGUGGCAGCGGCACCAACUGGUUUUCCAAGCACUACCCAACACGGAACCUGGAAUUCGAGAUGUACAAGAUUGAGACACUGACCAAGGAGUCAUGGAAGAAAAAGGCGGUGCAGGAGACGACGGGGAUGUCGGAUUGGCUGAGAAAGAACGUGAAGGAAGAAGAGUAUGUGGUGAUGAAGGCUGAGGCGGAAGUGGUUGAAGAUAUGGUGAAGAGCAAAGCUAUAAGAUUGGUUGAUGAAUUGUUCUUGGAAUGCAACCCUAAAGGAGUUGGUGGAAGAAAGAAUGUGAGAAAAAGGGCUUACUGGGAAUGUUUGGCUUUGUAUGGCAAGUUGAGGGAUGAAGUUGUUGCAGUACAUCAAUGGUGGGGUUGAUUUCAGCUUUCAUUUUUAAUUAAUAUUUAUCUAUAUUUUUGUAGGGCAAGCAACAUGGUUUAAGGUGUGAGUUUGAG